AUAAUAAAAACCCUAACCCCAAUUCACCAGAAUCAGAAUCAGAAUCUUCGACCGGUGAUUGUCGUAAACUCUCAGCCUUCUCUUCUCCGAUUCUGCGCAUCAUUGAAUUGAAACUCCGUGUGCUUCUCUCCUGAAAUCAGGUUGACAGUUAGAGAGAGAUAUGGCUUCUGCCGGAGAUAAACCGAAUAAAACGAUGAAAGUAACUUCUUCUGAGGAUUACAACAGUGAGGGAUUCGAUGCUCCGGAGGAUGGGCCUUCAAUACCUGGCGGAAUUCGACCCUAUGAGAUAAAGGUGGAAAGUGAGCCUCGUAAGAUUGUCAAGGUUAAUGUCCAAUGUGUUCCCGGUGCUCCCCGUGUUGCCGGCCUAAUGUAUUACAUUACUUUUAUUGGACACAUUCGUCUCUGUGGUUCAGCGACAUUUCGUGGCAAAAUAUUGAAAAUGGUGGAUGGUUUCUUGGAUGUCAAGUUCUGUGACAUGGUUCUGGAGGAGGAAUCUGGUACAUCUCAGGAACCUGGGACAUCUAAGGCCUAAGUUAGAUUAGGGUAUAAUUUAUGCUUUAGCAUUUUGUGAUUUGUGUAUAAUGUGUGAUCUAAUUGAAUUUUACAGGGAUCUCAUUAAUUUAUACGAUAACAAUGUUAUAAUUAGUAUACGGAUA